AUGCGAGCAGUUGCCGCCAUCGCUGCUUUGCUCCUGCAGAGCACCGUCUCUGCGUUCGUUAUUCCAAUCAAACUAGCUGAUGUGUCAAAUGUGACCGCCGGAGGAGCCGCGCUUGAGCAGCACACUCAGAGCUAUUUCGUCACCAACAUUACCGUGGGAACGCCACCGCAGUUGUUCACGGUGAUCGUUGAUACUGCAUCGUCUGACUUCUGGAUUCCCGACAGUCUUUGUACCGCUUGCACUGGCAAAAGACUAUUUGACAGUAGAAGUUCCUCCUCGUAUCUUCGUCGCAGCUUCGAUCCGAUUACAUUCAUGUCCAACAAUCACUUCGGCGUAACGGAAGGAUUCUAUGGAUGGGAUACGUUAAGGAUCAACGAUCCUGUAUCGCGGUAA